AUGCAACGACAACGGAUCAAUUUCGACCUCAACCAUGCUCGGAAUCGCAUGAGUCAGCGAACUCAUGAGGCGAGUUUGAUUGUGGGAAAGACCCGAGACCAUCACGAGAUCAGAAGCUCGUCUAAUGGGAACAUAUUCCAGACCCGUCUGGAGGGACAAGGACAUGAUUCUUCCGCUAGUUUGAGAAACGUCGAGCGCACAGGUUCUACUGUGGAUAGUACAACAUCUCUUUUGACGGAACCCGUUCAAUUGAGCGUCAGAUUCCACGAGAGUCGGACUUCCACACAAGACGUUAUUCUGGACCCGAAACUGGUGCCUGGUAUAAAGGACGGCACGAUAUGCGAAUUGGAGUCGCUGGAAGGCGUGGCGCGCAAGUUCUACUUUACAUUUCGAAUGCCGGACGUUUCGCUUGCGGGACUGGGCACUAAUUCGUUCAUUUCGUUGCAAUCUGGGCCAAUCCAACAAUUACUGGAUUUGAAGCUUAGGAGCCAGGUUUUGGUGCGGGUCAAAACACAAGAGGCCGUUGAGGCCGACGUUGCAGAGAUAUAUGUCAAAGACAUGCACUUGUCUCGCGGAGAUAUGUGGAAUUUAUCGUCGUUACUCACAGAACAGUGUUUGUACCGUUCACAGAAACUGUCCUUUUUGCACGGCUCUAUCAGGGCCACUGUGGGUAAGAUCUACAGAAACGGCCGCAAAGUGUUUUCGGGUUACAUCGGCAACAAUACCAAGGUUGUUUUCCGGUCAGAAUCGGCUCGGUUGAUUGUGUUUAUCCAGAUAUCUUCAGAAAUGUGGCAUUUCGAGGAGAGCGGUCAGCAGAUGUUCAAUAAGCUGGUGAAUUCUCUGCUGCCGCGUAUUUUCCAGCGAUGGAAGGAUCUCGGGACACACCAUCUUAUCACCAUUGUUCUCUUCAGCAGCGUGGACCUUAACACGGAAAAUACCCAGUACCGCGCAGGCGAGCUUUCCGGCAACAGAAAAGAUUAUUACCGGGUUGUUGUGGACCAGGUGAGUAUUUUGCUGUGGAACGAGAUAAUGGCUGCGCUUCGUCGCGCGUUUGCCAGUUUCUCCAAAGACACUCGACUCCAGAAGAACCCGCACAGAGACCAGCUUCAUCCCGAAGAAUAUGUCAUUCUAGGCAACUUUCUUCCCUCCGUGAAGGGUAACUUGCUCGAGGCAAUCAAUCUGGGGAUGAGUCUGAUUAGUGAUGACUUUAGAGACCCGGACUUGCGCCAUACCACCAACCAUUUCCUGUACAUUUCUCCCGGUACCGGUAUUUUCGACACCAACUACGACAUGUUGGUGCAAACCAGCAAGCUGAUGUCGACGAUCGACUCCACGAUUGACGUUCUGUGUCUGUCGCAGCCGCCGUUGCACGUUGUUCCUCUUGUGAGGUAUCUGGAUAACCAGAAGAAACUGAAACACUGCAUCCCCAGCUGGAUGGACAUCUCGUUCUGGAGCGACUCAACACAGGCCAUGCAGCAGUGGCUGCCCAGGUGCAAGAUCUACGAACUGCAGAUGAUGGGUGUGAUGGAGAACGAGCUAAGUGCGAUCAACGUCUCGGAGCUCAGUUUCCACAAUUCCAGGUCGAUCCAGGACGCCAUGGACGAUUACGACAAGGACCUGUUCAGCACCAAGGCCAGUGCAACGCUGCCAAAGAAAACGGCCUCCCGGUCGAAACAGCCGAUGCGGUCCAUCAGCGCGGGCGCCCGUAGCGGGUUCCAGCCGCCAGAACUCAGCACUUUCAAGGCCUCAUCGCCAACCACAUCGAACGUUGUUGGAGUCACCACGACGUCCAAGUCGAACGUGAGUGCAUUUUCGUCGCUGUUGUCCAUCACCAAGACAGAAACAAAAAAGACGUCGCCGAACGCGUUCGAGUUUGUGAAACGGAUCAUCUCGUCGCCUGGUGUCAAGAGUGUCUCUGUGAAGAACGACGAAGACGUUCCUAAACUGGACACAAUCUCUGUGUCUGAUCACUCUCCCAGAAUCAACAAGAUGGUUUCCGACUCUGCACUGAUGAGACCGUCGAUCAGAGUGCGCAAGAACGAGGAGCGCGAAAAGACUGGCAAGCAACGGCACGAGCGCCAGGAACGGAGCUCGCUGCUCAACAGUUUCUGGACACAGGUGGAGAACCCAUCCAACGCAGUGACCAGCGAGCUGAUCAGCAUGGUUUCCUACGGUAGAUGGCAGUUUGUGUUCCCACAGAACGUGAAACGCAAGAACAUCAAGUGGAAGUCGAUCUCCACGCCUGCUUCGCUGCCUCUCAUGACACCUAUUUUCCCGAGCGUUUCUGACUUCAACCAGAACUUCACGUUCCGGAUCUACGACGUGUUUUUAAGUCAGGACGACGUGAACGAGCGUCGCAACAGUCAGACAUUGAUGUGCAAGAUGAUCUCGUUGCGACUGACACUUGGGUUCCAGAUCUGUGUUGCCGAUAACGUUGCCAAGGUGGAGAACCAGCGCAAACCGAACGGCGACUCUAAGCUGUUGAUCCAGUAUCUGACCAAGAAGAACUACCUUGGUUCGCGGAUCUAUUUGAGUCUGUCGAACGAGAUCCACCGGAUUAGCUGCGAUUUCGACGGUCUGGUCAACGUCCAGGUGUACAAACGGAUGAUCCGUUCGGACGACGUUUUGACACACUCUUCUGCGACAGACUACGUUCCGUACGUUAGAACCAGAUACUCUCGGAAUUACUCCCAAAUGGUCAUCCAGGGACUGCAAGGAGAGCCACGGAACUACAACUGGAACCAACUGGACCAGCUGCUGGCGGGCUACGAAGAGGCCGUGGAGCCUGCCCAGCGCAAAAGCCACCGGAUCAAGUUUGUGAUUCUGCCAACAGAGAUCCCGUCAAACGCAUUCAACGUGGCGUCGGAGAAACUGACACCCGAGGAGAUCCGUCUGGAAGGAAUACGCUCGUUAAUCUCGAUAAUCAACCGGCUCAAGUACCGCACCGAGGCCGAGAAAAAGGAGCGCAAAAAGGUCGAGAUCAUUCCCGAAAUCAACUUCUACACGGGCAACCUGUUCAGCUAUCUGGACACUGUUUCUGCACAGUUGACUGGCGACACCACGCACGCGCUGUUCCAGAACACGCGGUUCGACCAGAAAGUGCCGCUGGCCAAGCUUGCACGGGCUAUCGAAGGAGACGAGGGGAUCCGCGUCGCGGAUCGUAAAUGGCACCUGCGCACACACCCCAACUGUUUUGUUGGGUCUGACCUGGUGAGCUGGAUGAUUGAGAAUUUUGAGGACAUCGACACGCGCGAACAGGCCGUGGAGUACGGCAACAAGCUGAUGGACCAGGGACUGUUCCGCCACGUGGAGUCGCGGCACAGGUUCCUGGACGGUCACUAUUUCUAUGAGCUGUUGAAAGAAACGGAGCCGGCUACCGUUUCGUCUCCGUCGACUUUGAGCACUACAGAUCGCAUCAAGAACCCGGAGUCGGUGGCCGAGACCGCGGAUGAGGACCAGGGCGCCAAAAAACGUGUUGUUCUCAGCCGCAAGGUGACCUGCGACCUCGACCCGAACAGACUCUCGUGGCAGCCAGAGCUGGUGACGGUGCACUACGACAUUGUGCACAACCCGGAACACUGUUUCCAUGUGCGACUGGAGUGGCUCAACAACACGUCCAAGCUGGUGGAGGACACCGUGAACAGCUGGGCCAAGCACUGCGAGCGGUACGGGCUGACUCUCGUGGAGGCUCCGUGGCAGGAGCUGUGCACGCUACCAACUAGAAACCCAUUGCACUCUACCGUGGACAUCUCGCUUGCUCUGGACCCCUGGACCGACCCAGAGUUCGAUGUCGACAUCCUCAAGGAGAACGUGUACUUCUUCCACCUGUGCAUCAUGGAAAAGUCCGGGUUCCUGCUGGACAACAGAACUGCCACCUAUUUCAGAAACGACAAUUUCGACGUGGUUUAUUCGUGGGGCAAGCCGACGUUCAAGUACGCGCAGUUCAUCCACAAGACGGGCGCGUAUAUCGCCGAGCUGCGAGAGAACGGCGGGUUCUUUUUGGCCCCCAACAACGCCCACGUUGCCAGAGUCAACCUCUCUGUCAGCCAGCAGGCCAAAAACAAGGCUGUGUACCUGGACUCGCAGGGAGUUAUGUUGGACUUUAUGUCGACGUGCCAGGACGCGGAGAAGCUGCGGGAGCUGUUCCGAGAAGCCCUGGAGCGCUACGAGGUGAGCAAAGACAUGGAGUAUGCUCUGUUUGACGAGGAGUUUGGACUCUCGUCGGAGAAUCUAUCCUGCGAUUCUGGCCAGUAUGGUGACCUUUCUAGCCACGUCCAAACCGUUGAGAUCGUCUCUUGGGUCUGGUUCGGUGUAGCCGAGGUUCUUGGCCACCUUGACGAUGUCGCUGAACUUGGACGUGUUUGGAGAGAUGGUGGAGUACUCGUUGAAGAUGUACGACAGAGUACCGGACAGGAUUCCCUCGAUACUUUGGAUCUCGUCGCCGGUGGCCACCAUUUCCUUCAAUGGGGAGAUGAGCGGCAAACCGGCGCCAACAGACGCCUCGUGGAAACACAAGCCGGUGUUCUCGGCGGCAAAGAUGUCGUUCCACAGAGUGAGCGAGCUGGAGAAGGCCUUUUUGUUUGGAGUGGCCACAGAAACACCGUUCUUCAAGAACAAUGGAUACGAGUUGGCCAGAGUCUCGUUGGAGGUGUUGUCGACGAGAAUAACCGGGAUAGGGCUCUGUUUGAGGUAUUCUGUUAG